AUGAUGAAUCAAACAGUAUUAAUGGAAUUCUUGCUUCUGAGAUUUACUGAGAACCAGUUGCUAUUGAGGCUACAUGCUGUGUUCCUCUUACUGAUCUACCUACUGGCCAUAGUGGAGAAUUUAAUUAUCAUCCUCCUCACAAUUCUUGACCAACACCUCCACACUCCAAUGUACUUUUUCCUAAGGCACUUACCCUUCUUAGAUAUGUAUCUCAUUUCUGCCACAGUCCCCAAAUCCAUCCUCAACUCCAUCGCCUUCACUGACUCCAUCUCUUUUCUGGGAUGUGUGUUACAGGUCUUCCUUGUGAUAGUAAUGUCUGGGUCCAAGAUUAGCAUUCUCACUGCAAUGUCCUAUGACCACUAUAUUGCCAUCUGUCGCCCUCUUCAUUAUGAGGCUGUUAUGAGCAAAGAGGUCUGUGUCCAGCUGGUGUUAGUCUCCUGGCUCAGUGGAGGGGUCUUCAGAAUCUUGUACUCAGCUGGGACAUUCUCUUUAAAUUUUUGUGGGUCCACUAAGAUACAUCAGUUAUUUUGUGAUGUGCCCACCCUACUGAAGCUCACUUGUUCUGUGGAGCAUGCAACUAUUAAUGUCAGUGUGGCCAUUGGGGUCUGUUAUGGAUUUUCAUGUUUAGUUUGCAUUGUGGUCUCUUAUGUACAUGUUUUCUCUACCGUGUUAAAGAUCCCAACCAGACAGAAGCAGGGCAAAGCCUUUUCCACCUGCUUGCCUCACCUCUUUGUAGUGAGUACAUUCCUUCUAACAGGUGCUAUUGCUUAUUUAAAGCCAAACUCUGAUGAACCUUCUCUUCCUGACUUGUUCGUGUCUAUGUUCUAUUCUGUGGUACCCCCAACCUUGAACCCUGUUAUCUACUGUCUGAGGAGAAAAGAUAUUAAAUUAGCUCUUGUUAAAGUCCUAUGGAGAUUAGCUGAUUAUUUUACAGGAAAAUUAAACCUCAUCUGUGAAGGAGGGGUUGGCAAAGUUAAUCUGCAGAUUGCCCAAAGCUUGGACAAUGGCCAUGAUGGACUAGAUGGUGAUGAUGUAGAGGACUGCAUGGUAUUGCCAGCAUUACUCUUCACCCAAAAGCAGCAACUUCAGCUCCUGUGCCACCUUCUUGCUGUCAUUCUGAAUGUUUUUGUUGAUUAUCUUGGAGUGCUGGACCACCACCUUGUCCUUGGCACUCAUGGUGCGGCCCGUCCUACCAUAUUCUGCUAG